CACACACACACACACGCUGCUCAGCUCAGCUCUUCCUGCAUGGUUUGUGUGUGAGGGUACAGAGGGAGGGACGGACAGAAACCUCGACUGGCGACAGAAACCAAUCAGAGCGACACAUUAGCGAAGACAUCGAUCGGGAUUUAUUUAUCUGACGGAGACUGCCAUCAGUCUGUCAGACUAUAACCUUCAGGAUCCCCAGAGAAACAUUAAGAGAAUCGCCGACGACAUGGCUGAUUUCAGUAUCGAUCAGAACAACCUGCCUGGCGUAAAAGAGGUGUGCCGGGACUUUGCCGUGCUAGAAGACCACUGUCUGGCCCACAACCUUCAAGAACAGGAAAUCGAGAGCCACCUGGCAUCCAACGUCCACAAGAGCCGCCUGGUGCAGCAGGACCUGCAGGUGGCCAAGCGUCUACAGGAGGAGGAGGACAAGCGGGCCCAAGCCGAGAGCAAGAGACAGCAUCGCCACAUGGAACGCAUCGACAUUGAAAUAGCUCAGGAGAUUCAAGAACAACUGGUCCGUCAAGCUGAACAACUGAGGCAGCAGGAGGAAAAGGAUGAGGCCAUCGCCCGGAAGCUGCAGGAGCGAGAGAUGAAAGAGAAGAGAAAACGGCACAAGCAGAUGGAAGGAAACCUCGAGGAGUACUACGAUGAAAAAGACUCCCGAUCUCCACCGGAUCGGCGAGAGCCAAAACCCCGUUCCGCGUCUUCGGGUUACAGAAAAGAGAAGCAUCACGACUACAGUCAAAUUCUUUCCCCGUACAACUCUCCUGAGCCUGAAAGAAAAAGAUAUCCCAGUAGCCGUAGUCGAUAUCCGGAAUAUGAGCCCGUUGAGUUCAGUCGAUCUUGGCAUCCGGAGAGUCCGAGCGAGGAAAGGUUCCUCGAGUACUACUCACCUGGGCGACGACCGAAAGAGAGAAACAAACCUCUCAAUCUCGAUCACACAGAACCACAUAGAAGGAAGAAACAAGACCAAUGGGACGACCUGGAACCAGUGGUGCAACGAAAGGAGAGGACUCCCAGGGAUUACUAUGCCGGCCGGGACAUGGUCUGGGACAAGGAGAGGAUCAGGGAUCGAGAACGAGAAUGGGAUGUACGGAGAGCCAAGGAAAGGUCAAAAGAUCGCAACCGGACAAGAAGUCAAGAUCGACUGUUUAGCGGCAUUGACAGAGACAAGAACAUGGACCAAAAUGAACUCGGUAGCAGAGAGAAGCAAAGAGAACGAGGAAGAGAUGGGAACAGGGGAAGGCACAGAAACAGGGAGCGAGAACUGGACGGUUACGUUCCAACUAGGGGACGCUCAGAGGAAAGCCUGGAGUGGCAGGACCAUAAGAACAGGCUGAGGCUCCCGUCAGGUCCUAAUGAGGUGUUUGAGGAGCCUGUUCUCAGAGGUCCCUCGAACGAGGGCCGGUCCCCUGGUCAUUCUCCCAGAGAGAGAGGUCGGAAACCGCGAGGAGAAUAUGGCAUGAAGGAGGUGACGCGUGGACUGGCCCACUUAGACCUACAAGACCAGGAGCUCAUAGACUUGGAGGUGGCACGCAAGCUACAAGAAGAAGAAAUUAAGGCAAGUCGGUUAGACAAACAAGCCGCUCAAGUUGCACAAGAUGAGGAAAUAGCACGACUGUUAAUGGAGGAAGAGAAAAGAGAGUAUAAGAGAUCAAGAGAUCAGGAGAAACAAGCAAUUGAGAGACGAUGGGCUGAGGUGGAAUAUAAGCCAGUGCAAGAAGAAGUAGUACGGCCACGAGCUCGAGAAGAGUCGCGCAUCAGAGAGGACGAGUACCAGAGAGCACACAACCACAAACCCGUCAGGCCGCCGCCUCCUACACAGCACUACGAGAACGUAAACCAGAGCUAUGCAUUUGCGGACCCCUACUCCCCUCGUCCUCCACCAAGACCAGAGGCGGCGUACAAAGGUGCCUACUACAGACAGUGACCAUAUGCCUCCACUGCUGUCCAAUCCUGAGUCUGUUCUGCCCUUUAUUUUGCGAAUCAGUAGAGGAGAAGUGAUUCAGAAAUUCUUUGAGGCUUUCAGCAGAAGCUACUGACACUUUAUUUGAUUUUUCCCUCUCGGGUUCAUCACAUCAGAUGAGCCGACGUCGUCUCUUCGUGUUGUGAACGAGUCUUUUACCCUGGAGCUACGAACUACUGUGCGACAGGGACAGUUCCGGUUUGCUUCUCGUGUUCUUGUCUUAUUGUGGAUGAGUGAACAGGAAGGGAUCUACUGCACAGCUUUCUAGAAUAUCCCUUUUCUCUUGUUGUCUAUAAUGAAGCAUUGUCUUGAUUCCAUGUUGAGUUCAGGAUACAGAGGUUUUCCACUUUUUCGUUGGUUUUAUUUAACGGAAAACAUGCUUGAAUUUAUACGCUGUGCACUUUUGUGCUAUAUAUAUUUAUUGAUUUAUUUUCAGAGGAUAUAUUUUAUUUUGAUUUGUCUUUUUAAAAUGCUGAUUGUUUUACCCUUUCCCCAAUCGAUCUGAAGAGACUGUUAGUAUAAACCAGGAGCGAUCCAAUUUCCGGAGAUGCAAAGUUUCACAUAUCUCAACGUCUUAAGAAGCAGUAGUCAAGUUGAGGUUGUCAGC